AUGGCUUCGACAAGGCUAGACCGCCUGGUCUUGCUGCUCGACACGGGCUCGACUCCCGCCAUUCGUGCCACUGCCGCUAAGCAGCUCGGUCAGAUUGCAGCCGCACGCAUUCGGGGUCAAAGCACCGCGCAGUACGCCGCGGCUCACUCACGGCCACACAAGACCGAAGCCUCGACCCGCUCGACGUAUCACAGCUCGGGCACUUCGACGCCCGCCAUUGACGCCGAAGCCGAUGGCCUCGUCAAGUCGGAAGACCCGUCUUCCUCAUCCUCUGCCAAGCAAUCCGGCAAAUUCGGCACAUCCGAGCAGAUCAAUAAGCAGCACCAUUUUGCCGGACCUUCCGUCGACGAGCAAGUCGGCAUCUACCGAGGCACCGAUGGCGACUGGGACGAGAUCACAUCGUACCUCGCUAGGGUCGUCCCUUUCCUCCGCUCCAAGAGCUGGGAUACUCGCGUUGCUGCUUCCCUCGCCAUCGAGAGCAUCUGCCAUGCUGCUGGCAUCUGGGAUCCAGACAUUCAAGCAUCUAAACCAGGCGAGAGCUCCAAGUCCGUCCUCGGUGCUGAGGAGGAUGACACCAAGGAGGCGAAGCCAGUUGUCUCCGAGCUGCUUGCAAACGAUUCGCUCCUUACUUUCGAUGCGUUCUCACUGCCAACCGUCCUCGCUACCGGAACCAAGCUGCUCUCGUCUGCAGGCAAAGAGUUCGAACAAGCUUCGCUCGCUGCUGGCUCGGACCGUCUGGCGCAGGCAAAGAAGGAUGUCGUCAGCAAGCUUGGCCUUGGGUUUGGGCUGGAUGCCAUGGACAUCGGCAUGGAUGUAGAGGCCGAGCUCAAGACGGGAGAGUCGACGACAGCCUCCUCCAUACCCCUUUCCUCGCAGGGCAGCGUCGACUGGAGGACAGCGGCGGGAGGCGCCGCCAAAUCCAAGCUGCCAGCUCCACGCUUCGCGGCGGCUGUCUCAAACAGCGCACCGUCGCUACCACCUCCGCGCUUCGCCAGCAACGCUUCCGCCCCUUCGCCCUCUCCCGUCGCUCCCUCGGCAGCUUCAGCACCCUCGCCCUCCCCGGCACCCGCUCCGUCCGGCUCCGAGACGCCCGCCGACGACAUUGACAUGAGCAAGCUCAGCGCCCGAGAGCGCAAUGCUCUCAAGAGGAAGCGCAAAUUGGAAGGCAAAACGGGUCCGUCGGAAGCAAAGACUCGAGUCAUCGAUAGCUCUGACGCAGGCUCACCUGGUAUCGCUACUGGGCUCCGCGUCAAGACUGCUACCGGUGCUCUCCCACAGACGCCUGCUACUCCGGUCAACACCGAAGCAGCGGGUGACUAUCUCACUGCUCGCCCUCCUCCUGCGCCCAAGCAUCCCGCAGGUGGCCCAGGAUCGGCGCCUGCCGUGACCGGCAGCGUUUCCACGCCCACACCCAUUGGGGACGUCCCAGGCUCACCUGCCGCAGCAUCAUCGCCAGCUGCCAGCGGUGCCUUGUCGGCUGGUUACACCUCCUCGGCGAAUCCAUUCCAGGUCAGGCCGGGCGAGUGGCCGUUCCUCCUUGUUGUAGAUACGCUCAGCGUCGAUCUCUUCAGUCCGACGUGGGAGACACGCCACGGUGCUGCUCUCGGUCUUCGUGAGCUGCUCAAGACGCAAGGUUUUGGCGGAGGCAAGGUGGAGCUCUCUUCGCCUCAGGACAACGCCAAGAUGCACAAGGCGUGGUGCGACGACAUGUCGAUCAAGCUCCUCUGCGUCUUUGCGCUCGACCGUCUCGGCGAUUUCGUCUUUGACCAAGUCGUCGCACCCGUUCGCGAGACGGCGAGUCAGACGCUGGCCUGUCUCAUGCCUCACAUGCCCGAGUCGUCCAUUCUCUCGGUGCACAAUGUGCUGUUGCAGAUGAUUUGUCAAGAUCACGCCGCCGAGGGCGCUGCGACCGACUUCAAAGCUGGAUUUGCGGCCAAGCGAGGCAAGAAGGGCUACGUCUGGGAGGUGCGCCAUGCAGGUCUGCUUGGUCUCAAGUACGAGGUCGUCGUCAAGAAGGACUUGCUCAUGUCUUCAGCUGUCGUCAAAGGCGAGCUCGAUGGGGUCAAAAAGGAAGAGGAGGACCGCAAAUCCCUCUCUGGUCGGGACGCAGAGAUCGACGCGGGCGCGAUGCUCCGAGAUGUGGUCGAGGUGGCCAUCCUCGGCCUCAAAGACGACGACGAUGAUGUGCGCGCUGUAGCUGCUUCCGCUCUGGUUCCCAUCGUCGACGUUAUCCUUCAAAAGCUUCCUGGCGAGGUCCGGCGGCUUCUCGAUCAGCUCUGGGACUGCCUCGGCGAUCUCAAGGACGAUCUCGCCAGCAGUAUCGGUGGUGUAAUGGACCUCUUGGCCAAGCUCGUCGAGCAUCCCGGCAUCGUGAUUCAUCUCCGAGCCGAAGCGGAAGAGCAGCGCGCACUGUCUCUGCUCAUCCCGCGCCUCUUCCCCUUCUUCCGCCACACCAUCACGAGUGUCCGACUGUCCGUGCUCAACGCGUUGCGCGUCUUCUUGACAGUGCCGUCACUGCCGAAGGACUGGAUCGACGAGCGGGUUCUGCGACUUCUCUUCCAGAAUCUUGUCGUGGAGGAGAAGCUGCCCAUCCGCCGCGCCAGUGCCGACGCUUGGGGACACGCUCUCGCGCACGUCGCCAGUGAUGCCGCAAACGUCCAGAAGCUGCUCGGUCCCUACGUGGUCAACUUCUUCCGGAUCAUUAUGACUCCGCUCGGCUCGCCCAUCGACUUCCAGCUCUUCUACAGCGCCUUGAUCGGCAGUGGCACGCACACCGAUGCGAAUCGACACAAUGUGGACAAGGGUAUUCUGACGCAGGACCUGUCGCUUGUGGGCGUCGAUGCUGUCAUUCGCGGUCGACUCAGUGCGGCAGAGGCGCUCGGUAGCGCCAUGGCCCGCUUCCCUCGGGCGGAGGACGAGACCACCUUCGGCGAGGUGCUCCGCGACUAUCUCGAGUCGACGUCAGCUUUGCAAAAGUGUUUGGCCGCCGCCAUCAUCCAAGAAUGGGCGCAGGCGUGUGCGGGCCUCGGCAGUGAUCUGAAGGACACGAGCCCAAUUGUCAAUGACCUCGCCGGUCGCCUGAUUGGUGUGUUGGAAACACCUGCCCCUCCAACGUAUGCCGAGAUGACGGUCAUGCUGCAACGCAUUCAAGCCGAGUGUCAGGGUUUGUACAACUCGUUCCAAAGAGACGCCAAGGUGCCGAAAGCCAAGAUCCCAUCGCUGCCCACCACCGUGGAUCCUCUGGGCAUGAUGGUCGACGCGUUCACCAUCGACACUGCCAAGGACGUCGCCCAAAACGGAUUCGAGUCGCUGCUCUCGCAGGCCGGGUCCAAAGCCAAGAAGGCAGCACUACCACUGCUCGAAGACCGCCGCCGCAAACUCAUCGCAGCCAUUGGCUUCUACCAGGCAAACAAAGAGAAGCAAGACACGCAGGUGUUUGCCUCGAUCGCAGGCGCCGUCAUCUCGCUCAAGGUCCUCCCUGCCAAGCUCAACCCCGUCAUCCGAAGCAUCAUGAACAGCGUCAAGUUUGAGGAGAACGUGGACCUCCAGACCCGUUCGGCUCGGUCGGUGGCCAAACUCAUCGAGUACUGUUCCUCGCCAGCCGCCAAGACGAACCCGAGCGACAAGAUUGUCAAAAACCUGUGCGCGUUCGUCUGCCAGGAUACGACGCGCGUGGCCAUCUUUGCGGCGAGCAAAGACGUCCGGCAGGGGAUUCUCAGCAUGAACGAGCCUGCGGUCGUCCCCAAGGGGCCGGGCAGGACGAGCACCAAGGACGAGCCGGUCGAGUCGGAGGAGGUGCUGCAAGGCAAGCUGAUCCGCCGCGGUGCUGCUGCGGCGCUUGCUCAGCUCGCCGACCUGUUUGGCGACAGGCUUUUCGACGUUGUGCCUAUGCUUUGGCAAUGCAUGAGCAAAGCGCUUUUGAACACAUUCAGCUCGACCGCAGCCGAAGCGGAUGCGCUCAUCGCGAAGCAGGACGACCUGGGUCAGAGCAUUCUCGAUGCUUGCGCGGUGCUGGACGUCAACAUGCCCAGCCUCAAGGGCACGCUCGGCGACAAGGUGAUCGAGCUCCUCCCGGCAUUGACACUGGCCAUUCAGAGCGACUUCGCCGUGAUCCGAUCAGCAGCAGCCAAGUGCUUCGCCGUCGUCGCCAGCUGCAUCACCGAAGUGGCGCUCAAGCACGUCGUCGAGCAAGUCGUGCCGCUCGUCGGCGAUGCAGCCUCCAUUACCAACCGCCAAGGCGCCGUUGAACUCGUCUACCACACCGUACAGCAGCUCGACCUCAAGAUCUUGCCCUAUGUCAUCUUCCUCAUCGUGCCCGUGCUGGGUCGCAUGAGCGACAAUGACGAAAAGGUGCGACUGGUGGCCACAAACACUUUUGCAUCGCUCGUCAAGAUGGUUCCGCUCGAAGCGGGUCUGCCCGACCCACCUGGCUUCUCAGCGGACCUUCUGCAGCGCCGCGAGACCGAACGCAAGUUCCUCAUGCAGCUGCUCGACGGGUCCAAAGUCGAACCGUACCAGAUUCCCGUUCAGAUCAACGCCAAGCUGCGCAAGUAUCAGCAAGAUGGUGUCAACUGGAUGGCGUUCCUGGCCAAGUAUCAGCUGCAUGGCAUUCUCUGCGACGACAUGGGUCUCGGCAAAACGCUCCAGUCGAUCUGCAUCCUCUCGUCGAAGCACCACGAGCGCGCUGAACGGUAUCGCCUCACCAAGGCUGCCGACGCCAAACCGCUGCCAAGCCUCAUCAUCUGCCCUCCGACCCUCACGGGCCAUUGGUGCCACGAGAUCAAGCAGUACGCCAACAACUUGCGGCCUUUGCUCUACUCGGGUCUCCCCGCCGAACGCGCCCGCCUGCAGGGCGAGAUCCAUCGCUACGACGCCGUCGUCAUGUCGUACGACGUGGUGCGCAACGACAUCGCUGCGCUCUCGCAGAUCUCGUGGAACUACUGCAUCCUCGACGAGGGGCACGUGAUCCGCUCUGCCAAGACCAAAACCACCAAAGCGGUCAAGCUCAUCCGGGCCAACCACCGGCUGUUGCUGUCCGGCACGCCAAUCCAAAACAACGUGCUGGAGCUGUGGUCGCUGUUCGACUUUCUCAUGCCGGGCUUUUUGGGAACGGAACGUAGCUUCCACGAGCGGUUCGGCAAGCCCAUCAUCGCCUCGCGCGAUGGGAAGCUCACAUCCAAAGAGCAGGAGGCGGCAGCGCUGGCGCUCGAGGCGCUGCACAAGCAGGUGUUGCCCUUCCUGCUGCGCAGACUCAAGGAGGAUGUGCUGGACGAUCUUCCUCCCAAGAUCAUCCAAGAUAUCGAGUGCGAUCUCGGUGAGAUCCAGAAGCAGCUCUACGACGAUUUUUCGCGCGAGCAGAGCGAGGAUGAGGCGGAGGCGUUUGCCGGUGCUACAGCUACGAGUGGCGGAGCAAAGGAAGGCGGGGACAAACAGCACGUGUUCAAAGCGUUGCAGUACAUGCGCAAGCUGGUCAACCACCCAUCGCUCGUGCUGACGGACGAUAAUCCGAAGCACGUCGCUAUCAAGCAGAAGCUCGCCAAAACGGGUGGCGAUCUCAACGACAUUUCGCACUCGCCCAAGCUGCAGGCGUUGCGACAGCUGUUGUUGGAUUGUGGAAUUGGGGCGGCUGCGCCGGGUGGUGGGGAUCUGGCGGGUGAUGGGGAGAGUGCGGUGUCGCAACACCGUGUGCUGAUCUUUUGCCAACUCAAGCAGAUGAUUGACAUCAUCCAGCGGGAUCUGUUUGCGGCGUUGAUGCCGAGCGUCUCGUACAUGCGGUUGGACGGCAGCGUUUCGGCAGAGAAACGCCAUUCGAUUGUCCAGACGUUCAAUGCGGAUCCGUCGAUCGAUGUGUUGCUGCUCACCACCCAGGUCGGCGGUCUCGGUCUAACGCUGACGGGCGCAGAUACGGUGAUCUUUGUCGAACACGACUGGAACCCCAUGAAGGACCUUCAGGCCAUGGACCGCGCCCACCGACUGGGUCAGAAAAAGGUCGUCAACGUCUACCGUCUGAUCACGAGGAACACGCUCGAGGCCAAGAUCAUGGGUCUGCAACGGUUUAAACUCAAUGUGGCGAACAGCGUCGUCAACCAGCAGAAUGCCGGCAUGGACAGUAUGGAGACCGAGCAGAUUCUGGAUCUGUUCAACGCGGGAGAGGGGAAGGUGGAAGAGAAGAAGGGCGCGUUUGGUAAGAUGACGCAGAAGCAGAUUUUGGAGGGCGCAGGGAGGGGACCUGAGAACGAGGAGCAGGAGUAUGGCGAGAUGAGUGGAUGGCGGCCUGAUUCUUGA